AUGAGGAGAUCGGCCAAGCUUCCAGGGGACCUUGUUCCACAAGGGACGGGAUUGGGCAUUCGCGAGCACUGCUUCACAUGUGGAACCAUUGAAAUACAAGCUUCACCCUGGUAUGCUUCGACCUCGCCAUUGAUUGCCAAAGGUGACGUCGAUAGGUCGCCAGCUACGAUCGGUGGACCCGGAGGAGCCCUAAGCCCUUCGACCCAGAUCUGCUGGGCCCGCUCCCAUCUCUGUCCAGCUCUUCCAAAGAGUCAACUGGUUGAAUUUGGAGGUGUGGCGUCUGUGGAGGAUGGGGUUUGA